AUUUAAAUGAAAUUUAUCGAUAGUGUGGGGAUUACCUUAACUCGUUUUAAUGUGACUUAUAUCAAUGAAAUUUACUCAGUCGGUGUCGAAGUUUCUUAUGUGACGGUCACGGUAAAAACCGAAGAAAAGGUCGACUCGUUUCUCGCGAUAUUCGCUGAUUGCAAAUGACCCAAAAUGUUAAAGACCAAAUUUAUCGAAAUUGUAGCAACGGGACUUUGUUUUUUAGUUGUUUAUGCGGGUUGUGAGAAAUAUGGUGAUUUAAGAGAUGAGUCCCUGCUUAAUGAGAGGGAUUCAGAUUCCUACAAUCCUUACAGGCAUCCUGUAAGAGGAGCACGAGAUGUUUACCCGUUAUUUUAUGAACCAUCUCAUCACAAUCAUGAAUGGUAUUUACCACCAGAACAUCAACUCCAGAGUCGUAGCCACGAUAUCGAUCAACGAGGAUCAUCAAAUAUUUUGAAAACUGUAUCCUAUCCUCAGGAAUUACUCGAUGAAAAUGCACCAAAUGUCAAUGAGUCUGAUAGUAGUGAGAUACCAUUGGAAAUUGCGAAACAAAUUGAUACCCUCGGUAUUAAUGAGUUUCUAGCUAAUUAUGUCGACGGAUUUGAAGAUGAUCAAACUCCUUCUUUUUCGGUUAGAUUUGGAGGUGACGAACGCGAACGAAGUGCAGCAAUUCCAGCAAAAGCUAAAUGCUCAGUUGAAAAUACUACGAUUGAAGUAGCAAAUUCAGAUGACCCGACAGUGUUCUACAUGCCAAAAUGUACCAAAAUAGAACGAUGUAGUGGAUGUUGUUCUCACAAAAAAUUAGCUUGUCGAGCAAUAGAAUCGGAAGAUAUAUUGGUAGAGGUAUAUAAACUCAAAUGGAAAGUGAUGAAUAAGAAGUUCAAUUACGUCUCGAAAGAAGUAAUACCAAUAGAAAGACACAUUCAGUGCAGCUGCGAAUGCAAAACUAGACCAGAGGAUUGUCUUCCAUAUCAAAAGUACGUUGAAGCGAACUGCGAAUGUGCUUGCACCAAUACUGACGAAGAAUUGAAAUGUAUUGAAGAUAGUAAAAAGAAAUAUUGGGAUCCUGUUAGUUGUUCUUGUAAAUGUUUAGAAUAUACGGACUGUUUUACAGGAUCUAUUUACGACCAAAAUGAAUGCAUUUGUAAAGAUGCUCCACAAAGAAGAAACGUCAAAUUGGAAAAUCGCGAGUAUAGUAGAGAAAAUUCACAAUUACGAAGAAAAUUAGUAUCACUGUUGUAAGGGAUCAUACGAAAACUAGUUUUUCAAAUGUACUGAAAGGUAUUUAGUAUGAAUUAUGUGACUAAAAAAACCAAAUAUAUAAAAUUGUUAAGUUGUUAUUAUCACGUUGUGUCUUUAUUGGUUUUGAUUGAAAUAAAUUAUUUUUAAUAA